GGUUUGACCCUGAAGUUUAUUGCUGUGAAAAUACUAAUUGCCGAUCAUUUAGGGGGUAUAAUUGACCUUAUAAUACAUAGUUUUCUUCUAUAAAAACCUGAAAGAGCAAACCUGCAUAGAAGUGGGUGCAGAGUAUAUAAUAUCAUUAAAAAGUGCUGUUCUCUACAAUGAGAAACACAAAGGGAAACAGUAACAGCCCUUCUUUGGUUUUUGGCUUUGGUUUUGGAUUGCUCAUCAUUCUUUCAUGUUUUCUUGUUCAAAUUCAUGGCAAGAAGCAAGGAGAAGCUCUUGGCCAUCUUUAUCAUGCAAAGUACAGAGGUGGUUCUGGUAUAGACACUAGUCUUUUCCAAGCAACAUCUCACCCUGUAAAUACACCCGAGAUUCAUCAUCAGCUUAUUAAUGAAAGUGAUGCUGGAUCAAAAGAGAAAGACAGAAUUGAGAGAUUGCCCGGACAACCGGAUGUAGAGUUUACACAAUACGGUGGCUAUGUCACUACCGAUAAAUCGGCCGGCCGGGCUCUUUAUUAUUAUUUUGUUGAGGCUCAACAUUAUGCUAAAGAGUCUUUCCCUCUUCUUCUUUGGCUCAAUGGAGGUCCUGGUUGUUCAUCCCUGGGGUAUGGGGCAAUGCAAGAGCUUGGACCAUUUCGUGUACAUAGUGAUGGCAAAACACUUUACAAAAAUAGAUACUCUUGGAAUUAUGCCGCAAAUGUUUUAUUUCUUGAAUCACCUGCUGGAGUGGGGUUUUCAUAUUCGAAUACGUCGUCGGAUUACGAAAAGUGUGGAGAUAAAGCAACAGCUGAAGAUAAUUAUUUAUUCUUGGUAAAUUGGCUAGAGAGGUUUCCUGAAUACAAAGAUAGAGAUUUCUACAUUUCUGGAGAAAGCUACGCAGGCCAUUAUGUGCCUCAACUUGCACAUACCAUUCUUUACCACAACAAGAAGGCUAAAAAGACUAUUAUCGACCUCAAGGGAAUUCUGAUUGGAAAUGCUGUGAUCAAUGAUGAGACUGAUAAUAUUGGGAUGUAUGACUACUUUGCAACACAUGCCCUAAUUUCACAGGAAGCUAUUUCCAGUAUCAAAAAGCAUUGUGAUUUCUCACCCAAUGCCACAACUCAGUCUGAUGAAUGCAAUUCAGCUACUUAUCAAGCUAGCAAGGAUACUGCUUUUCUUGAUAUUUACAACAUCUAUGCCCCACUUUGCACCUCUCAAAAUACCACAGCCAAACCCAAGAAGGCUUCUUUGGCGGAGUUCGAUCCGUGCAGUGAUUAUUACGUGUAUGCUUAUCUCAAUCUGCCUGAGGUACAAGAAGCAAUGCAUGCCAAUAUUACCAAGCUUGAACAUGAUUGGGAACCUUGCAGUGAUGUUAUCAAGAAUUGGUUAGAUAGCCCUGCAACAAUUAUUCCACUCCUGCAAGAGUUCAUGGCUAACGGCCUUCGUGUGUGGAUAUUCAGUGGGGAUACAGAUGGAAGGGUGCCAGUAACUUCAACUCAGUAUUCUAUCAAUGAAAUGAAACUUCCCAUCAAAACUGAAUGGCAUCCUUGGUACCUCAAAGGAGAGGUUGGAGGGUAUACACAGGUAUACAAAGGAGAUCUAACAUUUGCCACAGUAAGAGGGGCUGGGCAUCAAGUUCCAAGCUAUAAGCCUCUAAGAGCACUUUCACUGAUCAAGCACUUCCUUGAUGGCACACCUCUCCCUGAUACUACAAGAUACUAAUUGAUCUUUUUUCCAUGAUUUUUAUUCAUAGCUUGUCAUUGCUUGACUAGAAAUUAGUGUAGUUAAUUUGGUUAAUUAAUUAGGAUUUAGAAUAUUUAGUUUAUGAGUUGUCUAGCACUAUUCAUUCUUGCUAUUUAUUCAAAUUCCUUUCACAUUAAAGGAAGUCCAUUUGUUAUUUUAGAGUAAAUAAUGUUUUAUUUGCUUCUUUAAAGAUUGGAUUCCAUAUGACCCAAUUCGAGAGAAUUAAUGUGAAUUACUUUUCCACUGGGAAAAAUGAACUUUAAGCA